AUAAUUUAGAUUUUCAACGUAAAGACACAAAGUUGACGAAUUUCAUUGACCAUUGUUGUGGCAACAGUACGAGUAAUUAGACAUAAUUCAGAAAAAUGAAUUCUUCAUCUUCCUCGCCUCAGCGUUCUCGAAGCAAUAACAACCGUGAUGACAGGCCGAGAUUCUUUGACUCCAAAACCAAGAGCAAGUGUUGGGAAAACGCCCCUACGGUUCCGGGUCGACACCCAGAGAGGUGGCGCAAAGAUGCUGCUGAUAACAUAGUCUGCAAGCGCUUCUGUAACUGCCAUGGCUGCCUCUGCUUUCAGUACGAUCACAUCGUUCCCUUCUCUAAAGGUGGGGAAUCUACGGUGAAUAAUUGUCAGAUUCUUCAAACUAGGGUGAACAGGUUUAAAUCUGACAAAGAGGUGGUAGAUAAAACUCAGCUGCAAGGUUACUCUUGCGACGUUAAAUUUACUGAUAAGGAACUUGACAUAAUUGAGAUGGCUGUUUAUGGGGAUGUGAUCCGGCCAGGAAAUCAGUGCCGUUGCAAAACUGUGGCGGAAAUGCUUGGAAAAUACAAGCCGAAAGAUCCCUUAGCUGCAUGCAAAUUGCCACAAGAUGGUGAAUCGUUGUAACAAAAAAGAAUAGUAUAUUCUGUUGCGGCAUUCUUUGCAAAAGCUAAGUGUAGUUAUUUCUGAAUUUUGAAUUUAGAGUCUUGCACACAGUGUGCAUGACAUUUUGAUAGACAUUUUAAUUGGUAUUGUGUUAGCUAUCAAUGAAUCUCCCCUAUACCAUUUGAUCAAUUGUUAUAAGAUUUGGUUCGAAU